CAGGCCGGGUCACUACAGUUUCUCUGUAUCUCUCAGUGGAAAUGGCAGUUCUUCUCUUUCACACAUCUCACUGCGCAUGAGCUCCAGUGCUGCUGUGCUGGUGUUGCAGUGUGGAGCCACCAGGGGGCAGCAGUGUGCAGACACUCCGCACUCUGAGAGCAACAGCGUGCUGGGAUUCACACAGGGGACAGAGCACCUGUGGCCUCUGGCUGUGAGCCCAUUCCAGGAAAUCUCUUACCACUUUCGCAUAGCCCAGUCUCAGGAGGUGACCUGUGACAGCCAGCCUGAAGAGGAGGCAGCGACGCCUCUCUUCUCUGAUUACCACUUCCUGUUCUGGCGGAGCUGUGCGUGAGGCGUGCGGCUCCCGGGGGGGCUACUGCUGCAUUCUGGGACCAAUAUCCACUGUGCCCCCCCGUCCUGUCAGCCUGCCUCUGUCCUCCAGGGCACUUCUCUCACGCUCUAUAGUCUAUGUACCCACAUUUAUCCUGUUUUUUUUUUUAAUAUUUCACGUUCCAUUUGAAAAAUCUCUCUUAUGUUUUCCGAAAACGAUGAAAAUCUCUCGGCAGCAGGUGUUUGCUGGCGAUGGAUUUUUGGUGGGACCUGCGCACUCGAACCGGACGGACUGGUGUGGGACUUGAGCUCUGUGAGGGACAAAAAAAA